CGCCGCGGCAACAUUAUUCUGCUUGAGCUUGCAUUCAUAGCUUGCAGAAGUACUCAACAGUUUGAUGCCGUCAACUAUGAAGUAACAUUUCGGAACGUUGCCAGCCUUCACCGCACAACAGACAAAAUGCCUCGAGCCCGGGCGUCACGACAGCUUGAUGUCACUGAUGUGGCUGAUGAGCUAACAUUUCCAAGCCUGGACCUUUCCGUCCCACAAAUUGGCGACACGCCAUGGACGGACCAACAGUUCACGAUGGCCUUCUCAGCCGUGGGCGUUAUCCGUGCCAAAGCAUUGUUAGAUAAAGACGAGGGCCUGCGGGCGUGGCGGACCUUCGGCGCCGACGACGCAACGGCAGGCGUCGAGCUGCUGCGGGGCCUCUAUGGCACGCUGCAAAUGCUGGGGCCACUUCCGCUUAUGGCCGUGGACUGGAGGCACGAAAAGAGUUUGGUUGCGGUGCUGGAGUCCCUUAUGGAGCUGUUCCAGUCCAGCUUCAUCUCGGACGGGGACCUCAUUGACACGCAAAAGGAUGUGCUGCGGGCCAAGAGCCAAGUGAUGGCCACAGCGCUGGUACGGAGCAGGACUUUCGACGCAAUCGCGCGCCUGGUGGCUCCAAGCGGCGGCGUGCGGUUUAGGUCCAACGAGGCCAAGCGGUCCAUCUGCAGAAGUCUGGGCGAGAUGUUAAGCUGGUUGUUCCGCGUCGUCCAGCGGAUCCAGCAGGAGGUGAACGAUGGCAAGUAUGCGGCGGCGCACGCGGCGGCGCAAGCAGCAGCGGCAGCGGCCGGGCCCAGCUCCAGCAGUAGCAGCGCUGGCAGUUCCGUUCGCGGCACCGCGGGAGCCGAAGACUUGCACCCGGAGCUGUCGCCCGACGGCAAGCGCAGUGUGCUGGCGGAGCAGGUGGUGGCGGCGGUGCAGCGCAGCGGCAUCCUGGAGCACCUGGCCGCGGCGGUGUUGCAGCUGACAGUGGGCCAGGCACCCGCACACGAGGACAGCUUCAGCCCGGCGCUGGAGGCGAUAGCACUGGCGGAGCCUAGCGCCGAGGCCAAGAGCAGCAACGGCCGUAUGCAAUCCUUGAUGCUUGACGCGCUGGAGUUCUUCAGCGCGUGCAACAGCGUCCUGCUCUCCGUCGUAAGCCCGGAGGAGGAGGCGGCGCAGCGGCUCCCCGCCAACCCCUUCGGCGUGUGCGUGCAGUGGUACCUCACCUCGCACGUGCUGGCGCAGCUGGCGGCGUCGGAGCUGCACAGCAUGAUGGUGCCGUACCGCCUCAUGGCGGCGGAGCGAUCCAUCGCGCCGGCCGCCGCCGCCAGGCGUGCCGUGGCGGCGGCCGGAGAGUCCGGCAGCCCCGUGCCGGCGCUCACCUCUGUGUCGGAGUGGGCGCAGGCCCACUCGCUGCCGCACGAGGCGGCGGCGCUGUCGGGGCUGCUGGAGGUGACGGCGCUGAACCUGGAGCUGUACGGGCUGGACGCGGACGAGGCCCUGCCGCACCCGGUGGUGGAGGGCUGCGGUGGCUGCAAGGAGGUCAACUGCGCCGGCGGCGUGCCGCUGCUGCGCGUCAGGACCAUCAUCAACACCCUGAGGUCCUGGGUCCGCACAGUGCUGGAGCCGGAGGCUCACGCCGAGCCGGCGCCGGUCACCGGCAAGGAUGCGUCAGCCGCGGGCGGCCCGAACCAGCGGUUCCACCUGAUCAGCAACCGUGGGAAAAUAGCGCUGGCGAAGCGCGUUGCGCAAACAGCGCUGGAGCGGUGGCUUGACAUUGAUGAGCGAACUGAGGCUGAAAACGCAGCCAAGUCGGGGCCUGCUGGACAGGACCCUGCCGCUGCUGCAGGCCCCAGCGGCGGCCAGCCGCCGCAGCAGCCCCAGACUGCGGCUCCUGCUCCGGAGCCGAAGCGCACCAAGCCGCUGACUCAGAAGGAGCUGCGGCAGCAGGCUGCGGCCGCCAAAAAGGCACAGACGCAGGCGCCCAAGAAGGGCGGCGGAGGUAGCGGCGGCGCUGCGUCGGCGUCGGAACGCGCGCGAAAGGAAACGGAGGAGAAGCAGCAGGAGAAGAUCAAGCAGGCCUGGCUGCUGGGCGGGUUCCCGCCACAGGCGUGCGCCGGGCUUGCGGUGACCAGCCUCAUGACCGCAUACACUCUCCACGACUUUGCGGCGAUACGCCACGUGCUUGAGGUGCACCGGCAGCUGGAGGUGGAGCAGCACCAGCAGUUGCAGCUGGAGGGGGCGAAUGCUGGCACGGAGGCGCGCGGAGGCUACUGCGGCGGUGGCGGUGCCGGCGGCGGUGGCAAUGCGCCAGCCGCCACCGCGGUUGCCUAUGUGGACGGCGUGGCCCGGGCAUCGGAGGGAGGCUCCGGUGCCGAGGCGCCGCCGGCGCUGCCGGCUGGUAUCCUUAUGCAGUACCUGCCUGAACCCUCCAGCAUGCUGCUGCCGCAGUCGUGGUGGACUGGCGCGCUUCAGUGCCUGGACCUGCUGGCGCGGCUGGGCCCUGGGGACGACAGCGUGCAGGUCGGCGCGGUGUUCUCGGAGCUCAUGAAAAGCGUCCUGUCUGGCGCCAGCUCCCCCAGGUUUGAGUUUUUUCGGCGCAUGCACAGUCGCACGUCACUGGGCGAUCAAUGCAGCGACGUGCGCCAGGAGGGGGACCAGGUGGACACCUUCAUUGCGGCCAUGCAUCAGGCCAGCCUCAGGCGUGGCCUGCAGCUGGGGCUGGUGCCGGCGCUGGAGGCCAUGGCGCGGCAGCUCGCGCGGACGCCGCACCCGGGCGGCAGCACUGUGACUGCGGCGGUGCUGGGUGCGGCGUCGCGGUGGGAUUACCUGGAGCAGCUGCUGUGGCAGGCUCCGCUGGAGGAGGCGGCGGCGCUCAUUGUCACCCUCGCCAAGGUGGCCGCCAAGCAGUUCAGCCAUGCCAUGUCGGUGGCGGCGUCGGCCAAGGGCACCUGGUCCACCACGGGCCUGGACGCCACGAAGGCGGUGCUGGCGGGAGCAGCAGAUCUGCAGCUGCAAGCGUCCGAAGACGCAAUCGCCAGCAUGAUGGGGGUCGGGGCGCCGGCGGACGGGUCCGGGGGCGCAGGCGCAGAGGGCGAGGCGCCACAGGGCCAACACCGGAACAUAGGGCACAGGGCCGGGCUGCUGUCGCUGGGCCUGGCCAGCUGGCUGCCAGCCGCGCGGCACAUGCUGGACUGCCUGGAUGAGAUCGCGCUGGCCAAGCUCGUGACGCUGGCGUUUACGCACGGUUGGACUGGACUCAUCGCGUCCAUCCGGGACCUGCUGUGCACCGCGUUGGACUGGGUGCCUGUGCUGGUGCAGGCGGGGCUGCUUGCAGAGCUGCAGGGGGAUGCACUGAUGGCGGCCAGCUGGAACGCGUUCGUGCUUCGCGGCAUGGGGCCGGCACAGCUGAUGCGCAAGUGCGCCACGCUCUGCCAGCUGGGCGUGAUAGUGCGCGGCGGGCCGCAGGAGCGCAUGGUCGUGCGGUCCGCCGAGGUACUGGCGGCCGUGUACCCGCAGGAGCUGAAGCAAGUCAGCCUGCCCGACUGGUGGCAGCUGGCGGGCAGCGAAGCAGCAGCAGCAUCAGGCGCAGCAGCAACGCCAGAUGUGCUGGAGCGCCUGAUGUGCAGCCCCAUGACGGCAGGCAACAUGCCGGCGGGCUCCCUCACUGCCCUCUUGCCGCCGGCUCUGGUGCGGAAUAGGGCAGGCGUAUGCGCAAACCUGGGGUGCGGCUGCAUCCGCGGUCCCAGUGACCGCGACGUGCCGCUGACAGUGGUGUGUAGCGGCUGUAGGGUGUCGAGGUACUGCAGCCAGCACUGUCUGGAGCAGCAUGCGAGUGACUACGACCACACACCCGAGGUGUGUGCGCUGAUCAAGGACGCGGCCGCUGAUGUGGCGCGGAAAUAGAAUUGCAGGCACUGUACGCCGGCAGUGUUGUGAACACGGGUUGCGAGUUAGGGUUGGGAGCAGUAGAUGUUGAAUGUGUAGCCGGAGGUAUGGUGACACUUAUUUGUGAUUUAUGCGCCGAACGAACUGCUGUGCGGUUGGGGGAUGUAGUAUGCGUGAGGUCAGGCGGUUAAUUACAUGAGUAUUGCUCUGUGACUCUCUGCAACGGUGAAAGGGCGCUGCAUUCUGGGGCGACAACAUGACACGGUAUUCUGUUCUGGUAAGCCGAGGGGUCUGCACCUCUCACCGCAUUGCACAAUAAAUGUCUUUCCUGCGGCAUGGAAUCGGAGUUGCGCCUUGGCACCUUAGUGCGGUGUACAGGCACUCAUGAGUAGCGUAAUGUUUUGCUCUCUCCCUGGAUGCCUGCCCCUGCAUGGCUGCGUUGAGGCCGCAUGAAUGAACGGCAGGCGCGCGCGCGUACCAGCACCAUAUAAUAUGGCAUGAUGCCAGACCACCGCAUUAUUUUGUGCUGUAAAGCAUGCUGACAAGCGUCCCCGGUCACGGGAAAAGGGGCUGAGCCCCUCCACAGUCUGAGGCCGAACAACCUCAUCGCCCGGACAUAGCCGGGGUUGGUUUCCACAGGCACAUAGCCAAACCAGGUGCCUAGCAAUCGCGAUGUCACAGAUAGGUACAUAGGCGACUUGGGCGCCGAAUUGCAACGCCUUGAUGGGCAAACUGGAAGGUACCGUGAUUACAGCAGGUGGCCAUGCGGAAGACAGCUUGUUGUGGCGGACCGCUAUAACUGCCGCAGUGACCGCUGUCCAACGCCUUGUGGCUAGCCUGACAGAUGAUCCCACAUUGCACCGUAAUGUAGAUAGUAGGUUGCAGGCGUGUUGACGUCCGAUCUGCCUGCCUACAUUUGUUGAUGCGGAGAAUCAUGAUGGCGCGUUUGGAGCAAGCGUCGCACGGGGGGCACUCGCGGUUCAGGGCACUCCCUAACUUCAAGGCCCUACACGGGAGUGCGAUGUUGGUUGUGACACUUCAAAAUAUGGGGAGUGGGCGAGUGGCUUCGUGGUCUAGAGAUGAAGUGUCAAUGCUGUGCUGGAUGGGCAGACGAUGUUUGGGCAGCACUCUACUCGAAGUCUCUGACGCGGUACGGUUUAAACAAUCGUGGCCUGCUUUGCAAAGCCUCGUGGCAGGAAUGGGUGCAACGGCCACCGUUGCAUUGUGGCAGGCCCGUCUGGGUUGGUGUGAACGACCACGUGAUAAGGGAGACGAUAUGCUUCUUGGUACAGGAAGGCAUCAAGGCGUGUAUGCCGUGAUAAGCCAUGCACA